CAGGGACACAACCCACAUCAACAAACUCAGGACUUUCCAUGAUGAAGUCAGUAUGAGCAGAGAAAAGGACGUCUCCAGAACAUGCUAUCUGCAGCAGCUCGCCUCCGCAUGUUCAGACACAUGCCCGCCACUCUCCAGGUUCCUAUUGCAUACGGCUGGGUCUGGCAGUGAGGGAAACCAUGCAGCUCAGAGCAUGCCGAGUCAUAUGACCUGUCAGUCAUGUGGAAACUUAUUGUUACCUGGCAACCACACGGUGAGGUUACGACCCAAAAGGAAAAUGACCUCAGCUGUCCGACGUGUCAUAUCAAAGGUCAGCAAGGGUCAGAUGGCAUCGGCUGCAGAGGUCAAGCUACUCAAGAGAUACCAAGACAGGAAAAACCAUGUGAUUGUUCAGUGUACAGUCUGUCAGGGCAAGGCCGUCAUCCCAGCAGCCACCAGGAAACACGUUGUCAUGGCAACAUCGGCAUCACCUGGAAGCUUAGCAGGAACUCCAGUGGUGUCCAGGAGAAUUGCCAAGGCAACCCGAAGACUUGUGUCCACUCCUCAAUCCCACAGUUCUCCAAUCCUGAGCACCCCAGGCUCGAGUAUGAUGGUUGCGGGUUCGAGUCCCAGAACUCCUGACUCCAGUCUGAGGGUUGGGAGUUCGGGUCCCGGCUCUUCCGGCAGGAAAGGAAAGCAUCAGAAACAGAGACACGCCCAGCUGAAACACAUGCUAUCCCAGCAGUCCCUGGGAGACACCAGCAUUUCCCUUUCGGACUUUCUACAGUCUUUAUGACAGUUUGUUUUAGAAAAUUAUCAUGAUACCUACAACUCAUGGCAUUCCCUUCUCUGACUUUCUCCAGUCUUUAUGACAUUGUGUUGUAAAAAAUGAUAAUCAUACUCAUAACUAAUUUGGUAACAAGAUGGCUAGAUAGUUAAGACCUUUAGAAGUGGUAAGAAAUAUACAUUUUUGUCCAUAUCUUCAUUAUAUACUACUUUGCACCACAAAUGCUAUUUCAGAUUACAUUUACUGUCUACAGAGUUCCCUACCAAGGCAUUCUGAUUUAUGAUAUGUGUUAGAUUUAUGUAUAGUUGUAGAAGACCUUACAAAAGUCACUAUACUUUUGUUGUAUUAAUAAAGAUUGUUUGUUUAUUGAUCAGGCUCUCAAUCUCUGCAAUGCAUAGCAAUGCAAAAAAGUGAAUAAUUUAAAAUAAAUUAAUUAGCUACUAAGUCUUUUACAAUGCAUGUAUGAAAUUACUGAAUUAAAAGCAAGGUGGUA